GAACAGGUCGCUCAGUGGGAAAGAGGCAAGAUGGCGGCGAAAGGUGGCGGCGGUGGAGGAGGAGGAGGAGGAAGCGCGGGAGGCGGCGGCGCUGGGGGCGCGAACAAGAACGGGAUAUUGGACAAGUGGAAAAUUGACGACAAACCCGUCAAAGUGGACAAGUGGGAUGGAUCAGCUGUGAAGAAUUCGUUAGAUGAUUCCGCCAAAAAGGUCCUCCUGGAAAAGUACAAGUAUGUAGAGAACUUCUGCCUGAUCGAUGGCCGCCUCGUCAUUUGCACGAUCUCCUGCCUCUUCGCCAUUGUGGCUUUAAUAUGGGAUUACCUUCAUCCCUUCCCUGAAUCCAAACCAGUCCUUGCUGUCUGUGUUAUAUCGUAUUUUGUCAUGAUGGGGAUUCUGACCAUCUAUACCUCGUAUAAGGAGAAGAGCAUCUUCCUGGUAUCACAUAGAAAAGAUCCAGCGGGGAUGGAUCCUGAUGACAUCUGGCAGCUUUCCUCAAGCCUGAAAAGGUUUGAUGACAAAUACACUCUGAAAAUGACGUUCAUCAGCGGCAGAACCAAACAGCAGAGGGAGGCGGAGUUCACCAAAUCCAUCGCCAAAUUCUUUGACUGCAACGGCACUUUAGUCAUGGACGCCUUCGAGCCCGAUGUCUCCAAGCUCCAUGACAGCCUGCUCACGGAAAAGAAAAUUAAGUAGGCUGCCUCUGGUGUCCACGUUCCGCUGGGCUCUUGCUGCGUUUAAGCCAAUAAAGCAAAAUAGCAACAACA